AUGAGUAAUGCCGAUGUUGAAGUCGAAGUACAAGAUGAAGAUGAAACAAUGGAUAAUCCCAAUGAUAUCAUAGUUGGCGAUCACGACGAUGAUGAUGCUAUCAAUCAAGUUAAAUCAAAUGCUCGUCAUCGAAAAGGUCGUGGUUUCAACGAACAAAGUGAUCGUUUAGCAAUGCAAACAGGCGAUUAUGAUACAGUUACAACUGACGAUAGUGGAAAUCCGGGUCCAGCUAGAUCUGUUGAAGGAUGGAUUUUAUUUAUAACAAAUGUACAUGAAGAAGCACAAGAAGAUAAUAUGUAUGAUUUAUUUCGUGAAUAUGGAACUAUUAAAAAUAUGCAUUUAAAUUUGGACCGAAGAACUGGCUACGCUAAAGGCUACGCACUUGUAGAGUAUGAAACAUUUAAAGAAGCAAAAGAAGCUUUAGAAGGAAUUAACGGACAAGAUUUACUCGGUCAUACACUUCAUGUGGAUUGGGCUUUUGUUAAAGGACCACUUAAAAAACGUGGAACUGGUAAUAGUGGUUCACGUAAAACAACAACUGGUACUGGACGAACGACUUACCAACGGCGUUAG